GGAUGCUGCAAGAGGACCCUGGCGAGAGCCGCGGGUCACCUGACACCCUGACCCGGAGGCCUGGUACAGGUGGACCUGGAACUCCCGGGCACGGUGCAGCGGGCACCCCAGGUGCGCCCGGGGUGGUUGCUGGGCCCGGAAGCCCGUGGCAAUACCAGCUCAAUGCCCGCAUCCGUGGGCGCGGAGUUGAGAGUCCCAGCUCGCUGGGCGUCCGUGCGCUGAGCGGCACACGAACAGUUGUAAACGCAGCCGCGCGAGCCUCCUACGAGAGUGCUCUCCUAGCUGCGGUGCGACGACAGAUCGAAACCUUCGAAGAGAAGGUGGAGAAACAGAUCAGUAAACUGCAAGUCCAUGGAGGCAAGGAUGCGAGCCUUGCCAGGCUGGAGGAGAAAGUCUCAGCAGCAGAGGGUCUCCAGCCCAGAGUUGAGAGGAGGCUUGCAGAGCUCAGUGGCAACUUCAAAGGAUUAUCCGAUGAGAUGCAGGCGCAGAUCCGACGCGUGGAUCUGCUGGAUGACCGACGCUGGGAGUGGAGGCAUCAGGUGGAAGAGGAGAUGCAGAAGAAGUGCCAAGGCUACGAGCAGCAAGUGCAGGCACUAGCCUCCAAGCUCCGCGGACAGCUGGCGCUGGAG